UGGUGGUGUGAUGUGCAAUGUAGAUGAGGUUUUGUAUGCAAUUACAGGGAAAUGCAUAGCAGAAAUGGUCCCUGCAUUUGUUAAGCAUAUUUUUGCAGCUGGAAUGUCGAGCAGCCAAAGAACUGAAAGUUCUCAUUCAUUUCUCAAAAGGGUCAAACAAAUAUUGCAAUUGCCAACUCAAUAUAUUCUUCAAAGGUGGACCAAAAGUGCAAAGAUUGGUAAAGUGUGGGACAAAGAUAAUGAGGAACUAAAUGAAAUUCCAAACCAAUUAUUGAUGUUAAGACAUUCUAAACUAUCUCAAUUUCUUCUAUUGUGGUUGAUGAUGCAUCUCUCACCGAGGAAGGAGCUAACCUCUUGGUAAAUGUGUUGGAAGAGCUUCACAGAAAAAUAAAGGAGAUUAACAUCGGCAAUGAUAUUGAACAUGUAUCCAUCGGACAAACAAGUUUUGAAGAGCGUGUAAAUAUCAAUGAACCACAACAAGUAAGAGCAAAGAGGUGCAGAAAAAGAUUAA